CCCGCCCUCAGGCGGCCAUGGCGGCGCCGGCGCUGCCGGUGGCGGAGCCGCUGCCGGGGGCCCCGGCCGAGCCCAACCCCUUCUCCUUCCGCGAGUUCGUCCGCUCCAAGGCCCGCGGCGGGGGCGGCGCGGGCGCUGACACGCAGGCGGCUUGGGCCGUGCCCCCGCUGCCCGCAGUGCCCGCAGAGUCGGGGGACGAGCAGGAGGACGAGGAGGAGGAAUGGAGCGAGAGCUACCGGCCGCUGGCCGUGGAGCAGGAACACCUGGGCAGCGCCGGAGCCGCCCCAGAGCCGGGCUGGGUCCCCCCGCUGCAGCCGAGCUACGAACAGCUAAAAGAAGAGAAUGCUAUCUUGAGAAGCAAGAUCAAUAAGCUUCAGAUUCUGUCUGAAACUCAAGCAGACAAGAUGAGGAAGCUUGAGAAGAAGCUUGAGGAAAACAAAAUCAAAGAAGAAAAGGAAGCACAGGAUUUGGAAGCAAUGGUGCAGCACGUGGAGCAGAAUCUCCAGCUGAUGACUAAAAGGGCUGCCAAGGCUGAGAACAGUGCUGCCAAGCUGAGGCAGGAGAAUGCCCAGCUGCAGGCGGAGCUGAGGAAUUCCCGGCUGGAGAAGGAGGAGCUGCGGGCGGGCCAGGCGGGAUUGGCCGCGGCCAAGCAGAACGCGGAGGCGGCGCUGCAGCAGCUGCUGCAGGUGACAGCCAGCUCCCGGGCAUCCAUCAGGUCAGCUGCGCUGGGACAACCCUCCCACACCCUCCUGGGCUCACAGACAAACCUCCUCACGGCGUUUUUAGGGUUAAAAUUCAGGGGUUUGUGUUCUGUACCAGAGGAGCUGCUCUGUGUUCUUACCCGCGAUGUGUUUCCUUCAAGUGUGAACAUCAGUGGGAAGUGGGAGCUUCCAGUCCUGAUAAAAUGCUGCUUGAUAAAUCAUAGAAUGUGGGGAAACUCCCCCAAAGCUGCCUGGCUGCCUGUCCCCACGUGUAACCCUGCAUCUCUCCCACUCCAGGCAGCUGCUGUCUGGAGCAGAAUCCCUGCAGCUCGUGGCUGAUCUGCUGAAAUCCAUAGACAGAAUCUCUGAGGUGUCAGAGGAUGGACGCUGAGUGACUCACACAGCACGGAGCACUUUGUUUUCAUAUGGAAACCAUUACUAAAAAGUGAAUUUUUUAACCUUGGCCUCAUUUUGACGCGUCAAACUGCAGACCUGGCUUCUCCAUCCCCUCCCAAGGGAUCCCUGAACCGGGAAGGGAGCAGCCCGCAGCGCCGUUCCUGCGGGGCCGGGAGCGCGGUUCCUCGUCCCCGGGCACCCGCAAAUCCCCGG